AGUACUUUCUAAUAAUAUGGCACCUUUUUAUUCUGUUCAAUGUCCCGAUUGCUACGGAACCUUUCGAACACGAAAGGCCUUAAAAAAGCACUUCUUCGGGCGGCAUAAAGGUCAGGACAUGCCAUCAAUAUCAAAAUUCAUUGAGGAAGAUGGCCAUGAGGUCGCGACGUCUCAGGCAAAGAGACUUCAGCGCUCAAGUAGACUUUACGCAUCCUACCUUUGCUGGUUGAGCGAAAUCGUCGAGGGGAUAAAUUCGGCACACAAUCCGUGUGUCCCAGCGAAGUGGUAUCACUUGACCAUCACGAAUGUGCCAAUCCAGUACCUCCAGCAUCUUUUAUUUAAAACGGGGGGACUUCUCAAUAGCGUUAAGACGGCAAGACAUAUGCGGCCUCCGUUAUGGAAAGAGAAUGUUCCUACCUAUUCCUUCCAAACCACUAACAGCGCAAGAGUGCUAAGUGCCCUCGAAGAGCAACGGAAUAUUGAAGUGUCAACCACCCAGGCAUAUAAUGGGAAGGAGCAGGUGCCGGUUGGACAUUUCACGGCAUUGACAGGCCGUGCUGCUUUGGAGGCAGCCAAGCAAAAAACAUACAAGGCAGCUACGGUGCGCACAGAACUUGAAAUAAGCGAUGGAGAAGGUAGAGCCACUAGGGGAUUUGAAAUGAUUUGGAGGCCACUUUACUCUUGCUCCACUAGUGGCUCGCUAACUCUCCGAAUGUACAUUGGAAAAGUUUUCUUUUAGUUGCUUAGGGUACUAAAUAGAUGCCUUCGUGAAAAUAUUUCAAAAGUAAAUAAACUGUA